AUGAUUAGCGCAGCUGAAAUAAUUAAAGAUGCUAAUGCUGGCGGCUGUGAUGAUGCCGUAUGCAUCUUGAGUCAACGUACUAGGCAAGAGGAUUUAGGUCGACGUGAACAACUGUUUGAUGCUCUGGCCUUAGGGUCGGAAAGCGGUUAUGAGUCAGUCGUGCGUACGAGAAUGUCUGAGGAGCAUGAUUUCGGAGUACGAUGA